AUGAUGGCGAUGGUGACAGACAGAGUGCAAAGAGACAUCGGGUUGAAUUUACGUUCAGUUGAAAUGGGAAAUUCUUUAGAUUCAACAUUUAUUUUCUUCUCUCGACUUUUUCUUUUUCAUCGUUUGUUUAUUACGUCGUUUCAUUGCUUUUUUUCCCUUACACUUCUUGAUUUUUUCUUUCUUUCUUUCUUUCUUUCUUUCUUUCUUUCUUUCUUUCUUUCUUUCUUUCUUAAUAUUCUUUUAUAUUUAAUUCUAAUUAUUCUUUUUCUUCACUCUUUCUUUUUCUCUUCCUUUCUAUUUUUCUUUUUUUCCGAUUUCUUUUUCUCCCUCUCAUCUCUUCUUUUAUUAUUUGAGGUUGUUUUUAACAUUUUUUUUUUCGAUUCUCAUAAUUCUUCCAUAUUACCUUUCUUUGUAACUGAGUUGAGGCCUUUCUCAGUCAUUCUUUCUUUCUUUCUUUCUUUCUUUCUUUCAUUCUUUCUCGAUGAUUUUGAAUUUGGUUCAAAUUAUACUCUUUCUUCAUUGUGGAUUCUUUCUUUCUUUCUUUCUUUCUUUCUUUUCUUUCUUUCUUUCUGUCUUCUUUUAUAUUCGAAACUUUUUCAUGCCAUACUUCUUUUACAAUUCUUUAUCCACCCAAUUCAGCAAAUCACUUCCUCCGAAUCUACUUCCUCCAUCGACCAUCUAAUUAUCUCUUAG